AUGGCGCUCCCUUCACUAACCUCCCACGAAACCGCCCUAUGCAUUAUUCCUCCACCACACCUCGUCGGGGAUAUCGAGCGGCUACGCGCGCUAUACGAUAAAGCGCAUGGGCGCUGGCCGCCACACAUCAAUUUGAUCUACCCAUUUGUCGACGUCGAGAAUCUCACGGAAGCGACGGAGAUCGUGCAAUCCGUCCUGAGCCGCCGCAAACAGGAUACGCGUAUUCGGGUACGACUGGAUAAAGCAGAUUGCUUUGCGCAUAAACGACAUAGUACGAUUUAUCGCGCGGAGAGCGGGAGUGGAAACUCUGGAUCUGGUUUCCAGCAAUUGGUUGAACUGCGGAAGGACAUAUUCGAUGCCUUCGAACAUACGCCCUCGCAGGAGAGUACGCUGCAUUUAACCAUUGGACAGAGUGAACCUGAUGAUGAGGCGUCGAAGCAUUUCUUGCUUGGAAAGGCGGGGCGGCUUCCGGUUGUUGAGUGGGAUGUGAGCGAGUUGGUUGUUCUUGUCAGGGAGAGAGCGCCAGGAGGGGAUGUGAGCAGCUCGAGGAUGGAUGUUUGGGGGAGGAUUGGGAUGGCGGGGGAGUGUGCGAUUACUCGGGGGGUUAGUGUUGGGGUUGACGAGGCUGCGGUCACGGCGACCUCGCCCCCCAUUCCAGCAUCGAAAGCCGAGAAGAAGGCUACCUUUCAAUUCAGCGACACGGAUGGGAAAUGGAUCGGGAUCACGGAACCUGCGACAGAAUCGAAACCGAUCGACUCCCCGCUCACAAUCGCCUCCUACAACGUCCUAAUCGACACCCCCUACCCCCCACCGACAGAGCGCUAUCCAACCCUCCGAGACAACCUCCUCUCAGCAAAUGCAAACUCGGACAUACUCAUCCUCCAAGAAGUCUCCGACGAAUUCCUCUCAUUCCUUCUAGCAGACCCGCAAAUCCGCACCCUGUACCCAUUCACAACGCACGGACCACCAAAUCAGGACGAUAUCAGUCCGCUAGCGAGUCUUCGGAAUAUUGUUGCGCUGAGCAAAUAUCGCUUCACAUGGGACUGGCUACCGUUCGAGAAGCGACACAAGGGGGCUGUGGCUCUCCAAUUUGACACUGGGCCCGAGUCAAAGCCACUCGUUGUCGCGGGUGUCCAUCUAACCUGCGGUCUAUCCGAUGGCUCGAUUCUAGCAAAGCAGUCUCAGCUCCAGAAUGUCCUCCAGCAUCUAGGGACAAAGCAUGCUGAUAGCGAUUGGAUCCUCGCGGGCGAUUUUAACAUCACUACCUCGUCAUACACGAUCGAUGCAGCCGUCAAGCGGCAGACAAUCUCGACACAGGCUGCAUCCGUGCUAUCCUCUCUAGACGGGAUGCUAUCUGCAGCGGGACUCUCAGAUACCUACUUCGCCGGACGAGCAGGAGGGUCCGGUGGUGACCUGGGCACGCUCGAGGUUGGGACAUUGUAUGAAGGCGAGGAAGGGGCCACGUUUGAUCCAUCGAGGAAUGAGCUUGCCGCGCGCAUCGCGGGACAGAGCUUCCAUAGUCGGCCACAGAGGUAUGAUCGGAUUAUGGUUCGUGGGGAGGGCAUUGAUGUGGCUAGUUUCAACAUGUUUGGUGUUCCGGAUGAGGGCGAGGGUGAGGCUGCGCUGGGGAGUGACCACUGGGGAAUUAGGGCUGUUCUCGACCUCAACAGCCCUAAACAACCUCACACGGACACCCCCUUGUCGAAGAAAUCAAUUGCAAUCGCCCCCGCCCCCGAGUCACUCAGUUCGGAACACCUCAUGAACUGCCUCCGUGAAGCAGGCGCCUUCCCAGCCCCAGACGAAAUCACCCACCGCCAUGAGACAAUCGCCCACCUGCGCGCCUUCGUCAACGAGCGGGACCCGAACCUUUCAUCCGACACCCGCCUAACCCUCUCCUUCCCCGUCGUCCCCGUCGGCUCCUACGGCCUGGGGGUCUGGACGUCAUCCUCCGACAUCGACCUCCUCGCCAUCGGCACCGUCAGCCCACGGACCUUCUUCGCGCUGAUGAUCUCGAAGAUCCGACGCGCCGCGCAAUCACCAGAAACAGAGAGCGAGAUCCGCCUUCUCCGAAAAGUCAGCGCCGCAUCAGGAACAAUGCUCGAGCUCCAAGUCCGCGGAAUCCGCAUCGACCUGCAAUACUGCCCCGCAACGCGCGUUGCCGAGACCUGGCCGGCGGCCCUCUCCCUCCCGCCAGCCGACCCAACCUUUGACAUCCCCAUGCACUCGCUCCUAAAGCUCAACCCGCUCCGCGACAUGCACUACCUCCAGCGCACGAUCCCGGACCUCGCGACCUUUCGCCUUGCGUAUCGAUUUAUCAAGACGUGGGCCCUGCGCCGUGGAGUGUAUUCUUCGAAAUUGGGGUAUCUUGGCGGGAUCCAUAUUACGUUGCUGCUUUCGCGGGUGUGUAAGCUUGCGUUCUCCACUGGGAGAAUGGCCUCUGCGCCAGAUUUGAUAGCUACGUUUUUCAAGACGUAUGCGCAGCUCGAUUGGGCUCGUGAGAUGGUCUUCGAUCCCGGAUUUUAUGCGGCGCCGCCGAGGUAUUUCCGCUCGGCGAGGGAGCCCGCUGUUAUCCUUACGCAGCAUACGCCCAAGGUCAACGUUGCGAGGAGCGCGACUGUUCCAUCCAUCAGAAUUCUCGAGGCGGAAUUCAAACGGAUGGACGGCUUGCUCUCGACUGUCGGGGGGCAAGGGGGGGAUCUGGCCUGGUCUGACCUCCUUGGUUCUGCAGAGGCGGGCGUCGAGGAUUUCCUCGCGGGGUAUCCGAGUUACAUCAAGGUGAAUGUGCAGCAUUGGGGCGCUGGAGGGGCCAAGGGGAGGAUGCUGGUCGGAUGGUUGGAGUGGCGGUGUGUUUCGCUUCUUGUUGACAUCCACCGCAAAUUCCCAGAUAUCCACGCGCGGAUCUGGCCAGCACGGUUUACCGAUACCGAGAGGCAGGACGGCGAGACAGGAGAAAGUGAUACUGAGUACCAGGGAUGUUACCUGAUCGGUCUAGCCAAGAACUCCUCGUUGAUUGGGACGACUGCAGCGAGCGUGGACAGACAAUCCGCUGAGAUCGCCCUGGUCGCUGUCCUCAACACGUUCGCUGAGCAGAUCCGGAGCGACGAAAAGUACUUUGAUGCGUCGUCGAGCUGGGUCGAUGUUACCCUAGCCUCACGCUCCGCCGUUCGAGGGCUCCACGUUGACUCCUCCAUACUAGUCGUCGAAGACCUCUACGACGACGACGAAGACGACGAGGACCUCACACUUGACGUGCACGAAUCCGACCCCGAAUAUGAAGGAGCAACCAACCACCGCCUCCCCAUCCGCGCCCGCGCCCAAACUUCAUCUCCGGGCCCCCGCCUCCGCCCCGCAAGCGACGUCCUCAGCCGUCUCCGGUGGGACGCCAACAUCGACAUCGACGACUACAUUGUCGGCUACGACGACCGGUUCCUAGGCGAGAGGGAGAUGCCUGUUGCGCAGUGGAAGGCCGAGUUGACGGAUGAGGCGUUUAUCCCUGGUCAUCGGAUUCUGUACUUCCGCCGGAAGAGUGAUGGGGUCAAGGUGUGGGAUCGCGAACGGAGGGUGGAUUUGGUUUUUGGGAGUGGGGUUUCGGGGAAUGUGUCGUAG